GCCAUUAAAGAAUUCAAUACAUGAACUGAAAUAAUGGAAAUCUGCAGGACCUAUGGAGCAGGCAGAGAAGAGUAGCUGAUGAGUAGUCACGCUAGUUUGGGGUGUUUCAUUCGUUUUAAGGGUAGUUUUAAUAUGACGGAGCACCAUGGUGGUUUUGGUGAAAAGGAGGGCGGCGUAGCGGGUUGUUUUAUUUAGCUGGCGAGCUAACGCUGGAGCUCUGGUAUGUUAGCGAAUGUGUUAGCAGGCUAGGCUAGCUCAGGGGGAGGAGGGGCGAGUUCCUCCGCUUUGAAAUUGUUUCAGAGCAGCUAGCUGCCAUUAGCAUUAGCAUACCAGCAUCUAAGUUUUUCUUUUAAGUUUUUGAGCUCGUAUUUUUAUUGCGCAUUUAACUUUUUCCGGUGGUGUAUUUAACGCUAGUCUUUCUUCGAUUUGUUAUCGAUGAUUAUUUAAUGUUGAGGUGAUGUAGCCGCAAGCUUGCGGCUAACCAGAUCAGACAAUACAUUUCAAAUAGGAUUGAUGAAUCGUAUAGCGAGAAGCUUACAGUUGACGCGUUCUGACUGUCUGUCUAACGUUAGCUUAGCUGCCAGGCUAGUGGUGGUGGCUAGCGCCGGUUAGAAGUUGACUGUUUGGCUAGCGUCAGCUAGCUGAAGCUAGCAAGUUGGCAGCGCUUUAACGGGAUAAUUAGAGCUGAACAUAGCUUCGCAAGCGAGUUACCCAGAUCGGCUAUUGCCCCCCGAAGGUGAUUGAGAACAUGGAUUUUAACGUUACAACUACGCAGUGAAAGGAUGAGUUCGUGCUUUGUACCAAACGGGGCCAGUUUGGAGGACUGCCACUCCAACCUCUUCUGCCUGGCUGAUUUGACUGGAAUAAAAUGGCGGCGUUUUGUGUGGCAAGGACCCACCUCCUCGCCUAUCCUUUUCCCUGUGACUGAGGAGGACCCAAUCUUGUGCAGUUUCAGCCGAUGCUUGGCGGCAGAUGUGUUGAGUGUUUGGAGGAGGCACCACACCCCGGGUCGCAGAGAGCUCUGGCUUUUCUGGUGGGGUGAUGACCCCAGUUUUGCAGAGCUUAUCCACAAUGAGCUCUUAAGUGAGGAGGAUGGUGAGUGGGAAAGUGGCCUAUCCUAUGAGUGUCGAACUCUCCUGUUCAAAGCCAUUCACAACCUGCUGGAGCGCUGCCUCAUGAACCGGGGCUUUGUUCGUAUUGGCAAGUGGUUUGUCAAGCCAUACCAAAAGGAGGAGAAGACCAUUAACAAAAGCGAGCACCUUUCUUGUGCAUUCAACUUCUUUGUACAUGGGGACAGCAACGUGUGCACGAGUGUUGAGAUUGCUCAGCAUCAGCCUCUUCAGCGACUGAGCGAGGAACACCUAAGCCUUGCACAGCAAAGCUCCAGCCCCUUGCAAGUCAUCCUGAGCCCAUAUGGCUUGAAUGGGACCCUCACCGGCCAGGCUUUUAAGAUGUCAGACCACCCUACUCAGAAGCUCAUCGAAGAGUGGAGGCAGUUUUAUCCCAUCAGCCCCAAUCCCAAGGAGGUCCAGGAAGAAAAGUUGGAAGAUGCAGACUGGGAGGAUGACUCCCUGGCAGCUGUGGAGGUCCUUGUUGCGGGAGUAAGGAUGGUUUAUCCCUCCUGCCUGGUGCUUCUCCCUCUGUCGGACCUCCCUACUGUGGUCCCUCAGGGCUCAGCCAACGCCUCAGGAAGCUUGUGUGGUGCUCAGCAGGGCCAGGCUGCUAACAGAGAUCCUGCCAUGUCCUCUGUCACUCUGACUCCUCCAACGUCACCAGAGGAGGCUCAGACUGAUUAUCAGCCUGCCCAGAAGUGGCUCAAGUUGUCUUCUGCAUCUGAUGGCUACAGCUCUAACAACACUCUACACGGUGGUAAAAUCCCUCGCAGGAUGGCCAGCCAGAUGGUGGAGUCUGUAUGGCAGGAGUACAACCUAAACCAUACAGGGAACAAGAAUAAGUUUACUUCAUUGACAAAUGGAACCUGUGAGGAGGAGACAGAAAAAACAGGACUCUGGGAUUUUGUGGAGCCAGCUCAUAGGCUGCAUUGUAAUUGCUCAAGACAUAAGAAUUCGAAACAGCGGUCUAGCAGCACCUCAGGACACCCACCUUCAUCAGGACAGCCUGUCCUGCCAGCACCCAAGCACAAGCUGGGCGAGAAGCUGGAGAAGGGGGAGAAGCAGCAGAAGAGGCCACAGACACCUUUUCACCACCGCAACUCUGUGAGCGAGGAGCAAUCCCUGGAGCCUCAGACCCAGAGGCUUUGCCUCAGAUCGCAGGAAGAGGGCUCAUAUCCCAGCUUGCACCAUGUGGACACGGUGCAGUCUAAAGCCCCUACGCUGCACGCCCAUGGCCCUCCUGCAGACCUUGUUGGAUCUCCACCUCCCCCUCCUCUCAGCCCACAUCCCUGUGAUCACGUAGAAGUUGACAUGACUCCUGGUGGCAUGAAGAGCUCGUCAACUCCCAUUCACCAACCAUUCUACCCACCAUCAGUGGAACCUUGUCAGAUGCCACCAAAGGGCUCAUCUGAGGAGUCUCAGAUGGAGAACAUGCCUAUGCCUUUGCCCUUUCCCUCAACCUACAAUGAAACCCUUGAACCCACCAUCUUUGUAGGUUCUGCCAUCAGCCCCAGUGAUGACUCCACCCAUAAUCCAUGGAAGUAUUUCCUCCUCCCUCAAAAAAAGCCCUCAAACUUCCUGACACCCCAGCUACCUUUAGAUAAAAUGAGAGAGGAUUCUGCAGGUGGUGGAGGAAGUGAAAGUGGUGUAGUCUCUGUCACAGAGUUGAUGUCAGGAUCCUCGCAUCCCCUGAAAGUGUCCCAAGAGCUCGUCAAGACUUAUACACAGCGGAGAAACAGCCAUCUUGCUUCCACCUCAGGAGAUGAAGAGCCCAGUGAGGAGCCAGACCCUUAUGCCUUCGUCGAAGGAGAUGAGGAGUUUAGCUUUACUGAGAAGAAGGACAAGUCUGGAGCUGAAAAGGACGGAAACAAGAAACACAAGGUGGAUGAAGGAACUGGAACUUCUGCAGAUGGUAAGAAGUUUAUUCAUUCUUGCUUGGAGAUUUCUAUGUAUGUUUAUUUGUUUGCUUUAAUUCAAAAAAUGUCCCUCAAUUUGUUUUGUGGUGUAGAUGGACAAUGUCCUACAGGCAGUAAACCCUCAGCCUCGACCAGCCUCAUCCACGAGAACGACUUGGCUGUGUCCUACAGCGACCUGGAUAAAAUCUUCAAUUCAGAUGAAGAUGAGCUAGCACCUGGAUCCAAAAGAGCUGGUGUUGGUACAGAUGACAAGUUUGGCUCUAAAGAUACUAAGCCAACUGCACUGGAUCCCCUGUCUUGCAUAAGCUCAGUAGACCUGCACACAAUGUUUCCCACCCCACCCUCCCUGGAGCAGCAGGGUUAUUCUCCCAUGAACUCCGGCAGCAAGGACAGCUUAGAAGCAGGGGCGGGGCUCACCCUGUUGGAUGGCAGCCAGCUUAAUAACCACUUCAAGAUGGAGGUGGAGGAGGGUUUCUGCAGCCCUAAGCCAUCUGAAAUAAAGGACUUCUCCUUUGUGUACAAACCAGAGAUGUGUCAGUCAUUCGUUGGCUGCUCUAUGUACGCCCCCCUGAAGACACUACCCAGCCAGUGUCUGUUGCCUGUCAAACUACCAGAAGACUGUGUGUACACGGCGAGCUGGACCCUGGGCAAAAUGGACCUGAUACCCCCAGUGUCCAACACUAGUCUUCUCACUAAAGAUAGUAAUGUCCCCAGUGUGGAGCCUGACUAUAGCCAGACCUACACCCCGCAGACCCACCCGCCCUUCAUGUCCAGCAGUGCUCCUCCCAGCAACAGUGGUGCAGGUAUUCUACCAUCCCCAGCCACACCACGCUUCUCUGUGCCCACACCUCGCACGCCCCGCACUCCACGGACUCCACGCGGCCCAUCCAGUGUCCAGGGCUCCCUCAAGUAUGACAGUUCUGACCUUUACUCUCCUGCCUCCACGCCUUCCACCUGCCGACCCCUUAGUUCUGUUGAGCCAGCCACUGUGCCCUCAAUUCCCGAGGCUCACAGCCUAUACGUCACGCUCAUACUUUCAGAGUCAGUCAUGAACCUCUUCAAGGACUGCAACUUUGACAGUUGCUGUGUAUGUGUCUGUAACAUGAACAUCCGUGGGGCAGAUGUAGGCGUAUACCUCAAGGACAACGGCGAGGCCCAGUAUAUAUGCACUUGUGGUUUUAGCGCUGUCACCAAUCGGCGCUUUGGCCAGUCAGCUGGGCUCUUUCUAGAGGAUGAACUGGACGUAGUUGGGCGAGGCUCCGAUGCUGCUCGAGAUACAGAGCGGUGUUUCGAAGAGCUGCGAGCUUCUACAUCACACAAAGCCAGCAGCCUGAAGGAGAAGCCUCCAGAUGAGUUAAUCCUGUUGCUGCAGGACCAGUGCACCAAUCCAUUUGCCGCAAUGGCCGGUGUGGAGUACCCCAAACCAACUUCAGCCCCCAGUUCGUUCCUAAGGGUGGAAGAGAGAGACUGUUAUAACGACUGCUACAUGGCACUGGAGCAUGGCAGGCAGUUCAUGGACAAUAUGUCAGGAGGCAAAGUCGAUGAAACACUAGUGAAAAGCACCUGUCUUCAUCAGUGGCCCAAACGCAAAUCAGCAGACAUGAGCAAGCUAUACUCUGUGGAUGUCCUCCGGGUGUUGUUGUCCCUCCAGCCUGUGCUGCAGGACACCAUUCAGAAGAAAAGGAGUGUGCGAUCUUGGGGCGUUCAGGGGCCACUUACCUGGCAGCAGUUCCAUAAAAUGGCUGGGAGGGGAUCAUAUGGUACUGAUGAGUCUCCUGAGCCUCUGCCCAUCCCAACCUUUCUGGUUGGUUACGAAUAUGAUUUUGUGGUACUGUCUCCUUUUGGGUUGCCCUACUGGGAGAAGCUUCUCCUGGAUCCUUUUGGUUCCCAGAGGGAUGUGGGAUAUGUUGUCAUUUGCCCUGAUAAUGAGUCUCUGCUCCGCGGGGCCAAGACCUUUUUCAAAGAUCUAAGUGCAAUGUAUGAGGCAUGCCAGCUGGGGCAACACAGGCCCAUCUGCAAGAGUCACCCAGAGGGCAUAUUGAAGGUUGGCACCAAAGAAGGCAGGAACAUGACAGAGCAGCCUCUUAGUGACUGGUUCGUUAAGAUGGCUGCCAGAGAAGGAAACAAUGAAGCCUUUAAUAAGCUCAAACUCUUUGCUCAAGUGUGCUGCUAUGAUCUAGCUCCAUACCUGUCAGAGCAGUCUUUGGAUAGCUCUCUGUUGACCCAGAGGAACCCUACCACAGCCGCCACCCCCUCCUUCCAGACCUCUAGCUCUUCCAGUACUUCAUCAGGACUCCAGAGCACCAACACUACCGGCUCCAACACCAGCUCUGCCCAGCCUGCCCAGGUCAACAGCACCCCUCCCUCUUCAUCCUCAGGCUCACAGACUAUCGGGGGAAUGACCUCAGCCAAGCCAAGUUCGUUCUCGCCAUUUGGAACAGCAGGCUUGCAGGGUGGAGCGUCUCAGAAUGGACCCCAGCCAAACUCGCAGGGCACAGGGGGCCUGGCUGAAAAUGGAUCAUCUGCUUACCCGUCUCAAGGACCCACUGAGAGCCCAGAGAGCACAAUGGAGAGAGACAAAGUGGGUAAGCCAACAGACGGAGAGUCCCACGCUGUCUCUUACCCGCCUGCUAUAGUGGUGUACAUCGUCGACCCCUUCAGCUACGAAGACGCAGACAGAGAAGUCCAUUCGAGUACCUACACAAUGGGCCUGCUGCGCUGCUACAUGGAAAUGCUCCACAUCUUGCCUGCUUGCAUCAGAAACUCUGUCUCUGUGCAGAUUGUUCCCUGCCAGUAUCUGCUCCAGCCGGUGCACAGCGCAGGGCGCCACGUCUACAGUCAGCACCUCAAGUCGCUGGCUUUCUCUGUGUUCACUCAGUGUCGUCGGCCUCUUCCCAACUCCACCAAUUUCAAGGCUCUGACGGGCUUUGGUCCUGGUCUUGCCAUCGACAUGGCACUCAAGAACCCAGAGAGGCCCGAGUGUCUGCGUCUCUACACGCCACCCUUCAUUUUGGCUCCAGUGAAGGACAAGCAGACUGAGCUCGGGGAGACGUUUGGUGAGGCAUCGCAGAAGUACAAUGUCCUGUUUGUCGGCUACUGUCUGUCACAUGACCAGCGAUGGUUGCUGGCCUCCUGCACCGAUCAACACGGAGAACUGCUGGAGACCUGCAUCAUCAGCAUCGAUGUGCCGAACAGGGCUCGCAGGAAAAAGGGCUCAGCCCGACGGCUGGGUCUGCAGAAGCUGUGGGAGUGGUGCCUCGGCCUGGUGCAGCUCACGUCACUGCCAUGGAGGGUCGUUAUCGGGCGGCUUGGAAGGAUGGGCCACGGCGAGCUGAGAGACUGGAGUAUUCUGCUGAGCAGGAGGAACUUGCAGUCCCUCAGCAAGCGACUGAAGGAGACGUGCAGGAUGUGCGGCAUAUCUGCUGCUGACACUCCCAGCAUCCUUAGCGCCUGCUUAGUUGCCAUGGAGCCUCAGGGUUCCUUUGUGAUUAUGCCAGACUCAGUGUCGACAGGCUCCGUGUUUGGUCGAAGCACCACCCUUAACAUGCAAACAUCGCAGCUGAGCACCCCUCAGGAUACAUCCUGCACACACAUACUGGUAUUCCCCACGUCAGCCAUGGUGCAGGUCAACACUAACACAUCAGAGCCCAUCGACAUCGACACCUUUAACCAAAUAAAUCCCGAUGGAUCGGAGGGAAUGAACAUCUUUGAGUUGUUUGAACAAGACAUGGAUCCAGACUUCAUCAACAUCCUGCCCAACUCCCCCACAACCUCCCCUGUUCACUCCCCGGGCCCCCAAGGGGGAGAUGGAAGCAAGGGUCAGAGUACAGAUCGGAUGGAGUCUCACGAGGAAGCGCUCAACAUCUUGCAGCAGCCGAUGGCUUUGGGUUACUUUGUCUCCACAGCGAAGGCCGGACCGCUGCCCGACUGGUUCUGGUCAGCCUGCCCCCAAGCCAAGAACCAGUGCCCACUCUUUCUCAAGGCCUCUCUUCACCUGCACGUGUCUUCUGUCCAAUCAGAUGAGCUUCUGCACAGUAAACACUCCCACCCCCUGGACUCUAACCACACCUCUGAUGUGCUCAGAUUUGUUCUGGAGCAAUACAACGCCCUCUCCUGGCUGACGUGCGACCCUGCCACCCAGGACCGGCGCUCCUGUCUGCCUGUUCACUUUGUGGUGCUCACCCAGAUGUACAACUUUAUCAUGAACAUGCUCUGAACUCUAAUGGGAUCAAACUGCUGAGAUUUGAUUGGAGGGAUCGCUCAGACAUGUUGUGGAUUUCCUGCUACAAAGACACCCCGACACUCGAAAGGACCUCACACUCCAUCAGGGUAAAUGUGGACGAAGCACCCUCCUCUUCCUCCUCGUCCUGGUGUAUCUCUCAGAACUCUAACUGGAAGUUUCCAAUGAAUCAAUCAGAUGCCAAGAAUCCAUUUUAUCACUUUGGAUGAUCAAGGGACAUUUCAUAAAGGAGAAAAAUGUCUUUUUAAUGACUGUAGAUUGCAAUCUAUGAGAUUUUAUCAUAAUGAAAUGCCUGCAUAUAUUAUUUAUUGUAAGUUUUUAAAUGUGGAAUUUUUAAUGCUUAAUAUCUUUUAUAUAUUACAAAUCCUAGAGGGUGUGUACAUCUCACUGUACAGGAAUUGGUUUCAAAAGUGUAAUUUUUCUCAAAUACAACACGAAAAUCCUGUUCAAGUGAAUUUGCUGUAGAUUGCUUUUAGAAUAUUAUUUUUUCAAAGGGGUACAGACCUUUCUAUUGCCAUGCUGUAAUAAUGAAGUAAAAGCUGGCCUGGGCAUUUGUGUCCCACCCAAUGAGUGGAUGAGACUUACCUCUCUGUCUACUUUGGCUCCAGAGUCUCUUGCACAGUAACUCAGUGAGCUCUGAAGAGGAAUUAAAAGGUACAUUGUCAGAUUAUAUAUUUUAUAUAACAGAUUUAGGUAACUGUGUGUGUAUAUGUGUACAUAGUAAUUGUGUGCCGCUACUGAUGGUGCAGCUUCUGUUUUAGGAAUAAAGUGUCUACCUUAC